UGCACGCAUCAGCAACGAAGAUAAAAGAUGCACUUGCCUGCAUCAGUGCUGAUCGCACCAAUUUUUUGAUAUAAAAGCUCCGCCGCGGCCCACAGUAGGCACAACGGGCAGCUUCCCGAGCAACGAAGAUGUUCAAGUUCUUCGUUGUCUGUCUGCUGGUCGGCACGGCCUUGGCCGAAAGUGGUUGGAAGCAGGGCACCGAGUACCGCUACCAGCUCAAGGGCCGCACCCUGUCCGCCCUCCACCAAGUCGACAACCAGUACACUGGCAUCCUCCUCAAGGCUAUCGUUACCGUCGUCCCCAAGUCCGAUGAAGUCCUGAACAUCAAGGUCUCUCAGGCCGAGUAUGCUCCUCUCCAGACCAAGCUGCCCUUGGGCUGGGCUUCCGAGGUGCCCGAGAAUCAGCGCCAUUUCAAGAGCUUGCCCAUCAGCAGCAAGCCCUUCGAGAUCCAGCUGAGGAAGGGUGCUGUCAGCAGCCUGACCAUCAGCAAGGACGUGCCCACCUGGGAGGUCAACAUCCUCAAGAGCAUCGCCAGCCAGUUCCAGGUCGACACUCAGGGCAAGAACCUGAUGAAGCAGUACAAGGAACAGCAAGUCAAGGACAUGCCCAAGCUGGACCUCCAGCAGACCGUCUACAAGACCAUGGAGGACUCCGUCAACGGCGAGUGCGAGACCAUGUACGACAUCUCCCCCCUGCCUGAGUGGGUCAUGCAGUCCAAGCCCGAGCUUGUGCCCAUGCCCAACCUCAAGUCCAACGGCGAGAUCAUCGACAUUGUCAAGUCCAAGAACUUCAGCAACUGCGACCAGCGCGUCGGCUACCACUUCGGUCUCACCGGCAUCACUGACUGGAAGGAGGCUAGCGAGAACAAGCUUGGAACCUUCCUGGCUCGCUCUUCCAUCUCCCGUAUCAUUGUUACCGGCUCCGUGCAGAAGAACGUGAUCCAGUCUUCGGUUACCACCGACAAGAUCAUCCUCAGCCCCGUCCUGUACAACGCUCAGAAGGGUAUGGUCGUGUCUCGCAUGAACAUCACCCUGCAGGCUGUCCGCUCCUCCUCCGGCUCUCCCCAGUCUGUGCCCAACCCCAAGAAGUACAGCGACCUGGUUUACGACUACAACCCCGUCUACCCCAGCGGCCACGACGCCCCCGCCUACGCCGGUGGCAGGACCGAGGAGGACUCCUCCAGCUCCAGCAGCUCUACCCCCAACGGUUCCGAGCGCUCCGACAGCGACAGCCAAAGCCAGCCUCAGCGCCGCCACAACCGCGACUCUGAUGAGGACCGCCACAACCGCCCCCGUCGCUCCACCCAGCAGGACUAUAACAAGCAGAAGGACUACAACAAGCAGAAGGACUACAAGCAGAAGGACCAGAAGAAGCGCCAGCAGAAUGACUCCUCUUCCUCCAGCUCUUCCUCCUCCAGCUCCUCUUCGUCCUCCUCUUCUUCCAGCAGCUCUAGCAGCUCCAGCAGCUCCAGUGAUGAACAGCACCAGCCCAAGCCCACCAUGAGCCAGCCUCCCAAGAUCCCCAUGCUUCCCUUCUUCGUCGGCUACCAGGGCAAGGCCAUCGAGUACUCUAGCCAGGUCCAGGCUGUCAGCGCUGUCAAGCGUCUUGCUCAGCAGAUCGGCAACGACCUGCAGAACCCCAGCCAGAUCCCCCAGCGCGACACCCUUGCCAAGUACACCCUGGUCGCCCGCCUGGUUCGCAUCAUGAGCACCAAGCAGCUCGAGCAGGUGACCAGCGACCUGUACACCCAGCAGACCAACAACGUCAGCCCUCGUCGUCUGGCCUGGAAGGCUUUCCGUGAUGCCGUCGCCACCGCCGGUACCGGCCCUGCCCUCCAGAUCAUCAAGGAAUGGAUCAUGAGCCGCAAGGUUCAGGGUGAGGAAGCCGCCGAGCUCAUCGCCGUCCUGCCCAAGACCGCCCGCCUGCCCACUCCCGAGUACAUGAAGGCCUUCUUCGAGCUUGCCACCAAGCAGGAAGUCCAGCACCAGCUCUUCCUGAACAGCACCGCCAUCCUGGCCUUCACCGACCUUCUGCGCCAGGCUCAGGUCAACAACCAGACCGCCCACAACCGUUUCCCCGUGCACAGCUUCGGCCGUCUGUCUCCCUCUCGUCUGUCCGACGUCCAGAAUGAGUACAUUCCCUGGCUGGCCCGCCAGCUUAAGAGCGCCGUCAGGAACGCUGACAGCCACAAGAUCCAGGUUUACAUCCGCGCCCUUGGAAACGUUGCCCACCCCAAGAUCCUGUCCGUCUACGAGCCCUACCUUGAGGGCAAGGAGUCCAUGUCCGACUUCCAGCGUCUGCUGAUCGUCGUCUCUCUGGACAAGCUCGUUCGCGUCUACCCCUCUGCUGCCCGCAGGGUCCUCUACAACAUCUACCAGAACACCGGUGAGGCUCACGAGCUCCGUUGCGCCGCUGUGUUCCAGCUGAUGAAGACCGCCCCUCCUGCCUACAUGCUCCAGCGCAUGGCCGAGUUCACCAACUACGACACCAGCUCCCAGGUCAACGCCGCCGUCAAGUCUUCCAUCCAGUCUGCCGCCAACAUGUUCCACACCACCACCGGUGGUCUGGAGAUUCAGCUGGCCAAGAACGCCAAGGCUGCCCUUCACCUGCUCACUCCUAAGGUCUACGGUAUGCACAAGUCUCGCAACUUCAUGCGCAGCUACAUGGUUAAGGAGAUGGGUCUUGGCUACAAGCAGCAGCUUGCCUACAUCGGCAGCAGCGACAGCAUCCUGCCCAACUCUAUCUUCUACACUGUCCGCCGCAACCUCGGUGGUUACAAGCGCCAGUACCUGGCUUUCGGAGCUAUGGUUUCUAGCAUUGAUGACCUCCUGGACGAGCUUGAUGACCAGUACUACGAUUCCGACUCUAGCAGCAGCAGCUCCUCCAACAAGAAGAACAAGAGCCAGAAGGGCAAGGGCAAGCAGUCUCAGAAGAGCACCAGCAAGAACCCCUUCAGCCCCGAGAAGAUCGCCGAGAUGCUCAACAUCGAGCCUGACGAUGAUGACCAGGUUGAGGGCAACGUCCUCUUCAACAUGGUUGGCGGCAAGCGCUUCUUCACCUUUGACAACCAGACCAUCGAGCGUCUUCCUCAGUACGUCCGUGUGGCCUUCGCCAUCCUGAAGAACGGCAAGAACUUCAACUACACCAAGCUGUACAACCAGUACCAGGUGACUCUUGCCUUCCCCACCACCAUGGGUCUGCCCUUCGUCUACACUCUGAAGACCCCCACCCUUCUGCACGCCACCGGUGAGGUCUACGGCAAGACCAGCAAGCCUGACCUGGCUGGUAACUCCAACAAGAAGAUUGAGACCCCUGACAAGAUCAAUGUGACCGCCGAGGUUCACUUCGUCUACUCCACCAAGACCGCCUCCAGGAUCAGCUUCAUCACUCCUUGGGACCACCAGCGCUACAUUGCCGGUCUGGACAAGAACAUCCAGGUUAACCUGCCCGUCAAGUUGGCCCUUGGUGUCGACACCGACCGCAACCGCGCCCAGCUCCAGAUCAAGCCUCUGUACCCCAAGCGCGAGGUUAUGCUCCUGCACGCCAGCGUCUGGCCCUACACUGCCAAGCACGAUAUCCUCGACCUCUCUCCCGUCUCCAGGGAAAAGAACACUGACCCCAUCCACGUUCGCGACUCCAAGAAGGGUGAGAUUCAGUUCGGCAAGGACUCCGUUGGUCUUGCCUUCAAGGCUAAGUACAGCACUGAGGCUAAGUUCAUCGAUUACAAGAGCCUGUACGACAAGUUCCAGCGCCACGAUGCCAUGUCUCUUGUUCUCUAUCCUUGGGUUGAGAAGACUAUUAAGCGCUCCAACUUCAGCCUCUUCUUCGACGGCCCUAAGUCCGAGACCAAGUCCGUCACCCUCACCGCCGAUUAUGAUGAUGAUGAGGAUGAUGAGCCUCAGUCCUCUGAGGAGUCUUCUGGAAGCAGCGAGUCUACUAACAAGCAGGCCCGCCGCCACCCUCGCAGCACCCACCGCUCCAGCGACGAGGACUCUUCCACUAGCGCCCUCCACCAGGAGAAGAACAAGGCCAUCCCCAGCAACCAGUAUCCCAUCAACAGCAAGCGUCAGGAAGAUUUCCUGGACCGCGUUGGCUCCGGUAUCUCUAACAGCUCUGCUCAGGUCAUCGAUCUGGCCAUCGAGUUCAACGGUCCCAAGAAGGUCUACAUGAUCGCCACCGCCGCCUACGCUGACUCCGAGGUUGACGAGAAGGCCCGCGUCCUCCUUUACCUGCGCCGCAGCCCCCUGGCCAACAGCCAGAAGUCCUACGAGGCCUGCAUGACCGCCACCACCAAGUUCCCCAACGUGCCCAUGCUCAACCUCCAGAAGGCCCUCAGGGCCGACCCUACCUCCUACCUCAACGUUGAGCUUGAGCUCGGCGAGAAGUGCGGCAGCAACGCCGGCAAGAUCCAGAUCCAGGGCAAGAUGCAGCAGAGCCAGAAGCGCCAGAAGUACAUCAGGGAGCACCCUGUCACCAAGCAGUGCAUGAAGGAGAUGGACAAGGACAGCAACCAGAUCCUGCCCGCCUGCCUGAACGCCACCAUCUCCGCUAACCUCCUCGACGUCUACAAGUACAACAUCAAGUUCGACAAUGUGCCCAAGGGUGUCAAGAACGCUACCUACAAGGCCUAUGAGAUCGUCCGCUACAUGUUCCGUCCUCAGCUGACUGAAGAUUUCAUCUCCGUCGAAAACAGCAAGAACCAGAUCCAGAUCCAGAUGUACUACGAGCCCGACCUUAAGUCCAAGAACGUUACCAUCCAGGCUCCUCUGUUCAAUGCCGAGAUCACCAACAUCCGCAUGCCCCGCCCCGUCCGUGCCCUGAUGGUCCAGCACCCUCAGCUCACUCCUGAUGAGACCCUUGGCAACGAGCUCCUCCGCAUGCAGUACAACCGUAAGUCAACUACCUGCAGCAUUGACAACAAGGCUAUCAACACCUUCGACAACAAGACCUACCCCAUCAACCUGGGCAAGUGCUGGCACGUUGUGAUGCAGACCACCCCCGAUGAUGAUGAUGAUUCCAGCAGCUCCAGCUCUGACGAAGACGAUGAUGACGUUUCCAUCCUGGUUAGGGAGAUCGACUCCAAGCACAAGGAGUUCAAGAUCCUUCUUGGCGAGGAGGACGUUGUCGAGCUCUACCCCGACACCUCCAGCUCCAGCAUCCAGGGCAAGGUUGUCAUGAACGGCCGCACCCUGCGCAUCACCAAGAGCAACGUCACCGAGAUCACCGACGAGGAUGACGAGACCCUCCUCCAGGUCUGGGCUCUUCCCAGCGGCUCCAUCAUGGUUUCCGCUCCUCAGCAUGACAUUGAAAUGCUGUACGACGGUGAGCGCGCUCUCCUGUUCGCCGAAAAUGACCUCAGGGACGAUGUCCGUGGUCUUUGCGGCACCUUCGACGGCGAGAAGGCCACCGACUUCACCACCCCCAAGAACUGCGUCCUCAAGGAGCCCCGCGAGUUCGCCGCCAUGUGGGCCAUCCCCGACAGCAGCUGCCAGGGCCCUGCCAAGGACCUUCAGCACCGCGCCAAGAACCAGCCCUGCUACGACAAGGACGUCACCUACAUUGACGUCAUCACCGAACGCAUCACCAGGGUGUCCUACGCCAGCGACAGCAGCUCUUCCUCCUCCAGCAGCUCUAGCUCCUCUUCCAGCUCCAGCAGCUCUAGCAACAGCACCAGCUCCUCUUCCUCCUCUUCCAGCUCCUCUUCCUCUUCUAGCAGCUCCUCUAGCAGCUCCUCCAGCAACCAGCAGAACAAGAACAAGAAGAAGGUUGAGUCCUCCGGCACCACCUGCACCCAGCACAAGACCAAGGUUGUUCAGGAUGGUGACAAGGUCUGCUUCUCCAUGCGCCCUCUGCCCGUUUGCCAGAGCCAGUGCUCUCCCCGCGUCAGGAUUGAGAAGGAGUUCCCCUUCCUUUGCGUCAAGCAGAGCGAGACCUCCAACCACUGGGAGAAGAUGAUCGAGAAGGGCAGCUCCCCUGACUUCAGCUCCAAGCAGCCCAGCAAGAAGCUGACCGUCAAGAUCCCCGAGGGUUGCCAGAAGUAAGCGCUUCCACCCUUAAAACCCACUAUAAUGAUGAACAACGACCGCAGCUAACGUUUCGAGGACCACGCAAAUGAUUUAGAUGUUUGUAUGUGUAUCGUCCGUAGCAAGCAAAAUAAAAUGAGGAUUCAAUCCAAAACAUAUAAAAGAAAA